AUGGGGCCGUGGGCUGGGUCACAUGCCCAGGAGGGAGAGCAGCCCCUGGGUGAGGACAAGGGUGAUGCUGAGUUGGGUGUGGUGGGACUGAGGUGUGGCGUGGGCGUGGCAGCAUGGAGCUUCAUAAUGGGGGGAGACAGGACCUCCCCUGCCUGCUGUGGCUUUAACCUCCUCCAGGGCUGCUGGGGCAGCCAGGGACGCAGGAACAGGAGGGUCCAGCCUGAGUCUUCUAGAGGAGAGGCUUUCCCCCACUCACACAGGCUCCAGACCCAACUGGGAACCAACCGACCCUAUUCACAGAAAUUGAACUCUGGAGUAGUGACCUUGCCCCAGCUGGAGCCUGUGGUUAUACAGGUUGUUGUCAGCAAUGCCAAACUCCCCCACCAGCAGUCCGAUAGCAUCCUGCCCCACAUCGCCAACAAGGGGGUGCAGAACAACUACCAGACACACCAGGAUGAGAGACCAAAGCCCUCCUCCCAGUUCUCCACAUGGUUUGGCUCCUCAGUGGAGCACCUAUCUGACUCUAUCACCACCAAGGGUCUCAGCAACAAGCUGGAGGAGGCAAAGCUUUAUAAAGAACAGAGGCUGCCCAUGUCUCCCACAGAGGCACUGAGGCACUUCCAAGGGCGUCUGACAGAGUUUGAGCAGCAGGAGAUCAUGGACUACUCAGAGAUCUGGUUCCUGGGUCUGGAGACUAAGAAGAUCAAGGCCUCUCAUGGAAUUCCUCAGAAUGCAGGCUACGACGACGAGCACGGCAGCUACAACAAGGUUCUGCACGACCACAUUGGCUUCCGCUUCGAGGUGCUGGAGGUGAUUGGGAAAGGAUCAUUUGGACAGGUCCUGAAAUGUCUGGACCACAAGACCCAAGAGCUGGUCGCCAUCAAGGUCAUUCGCAACAAGAAAAGGUUUCACCACCAGGCCCUAGUGGAACUGAAGAUCCUGGAUGCUGUGAGGAGGAAAGACAGGGAAAUGUGCCACAAUGUCAUCCAUAUGAAAGAAUACUUCUACUUCCGCAACCAUCUCUGCAUCACCUUCGAGCUGCUAGGAGUCAACCUGUAUGAGCUGAUCAAGAAGAACAACUUCCAGGGCUUCAGUCUUGCCCUGAUCCGUCGUUUCACCCGCUCCCUGCUCAAGUGCCUGCAGAUGCUGCAUAAGGAGAAGAUCAUUCACUGUGACCUCAAACCGGAGAACAUACUUCUGUCUCAGAAAGGACAAGGAAAUAUAAAGGUGGUUGACUUUGGGUCCAGCUGUUAUGAGCAGCAGAGAGUCUACACCUACAUCCAGAGUCGUUUCUAUCGCUCCCCAGAGGUUAUCCUGGGACACCCCUACAGCAUGGCCAUCGACAUGUGGAGUCUGGGCUGCAUCAUGGCUGAGCUCUACACCGGCUUCCCCCUAUUUCCUGGGGAGAGCGAGGUGGAGCAGAUCGCGUGCAUCAUGGAGGUACUUGGAAUGCCUCCCAAUGAUUUUGUGCAGACAGCAUCGAGGAGAAGGAUGUUUUUCGACUCCAAAGGAAACCCCAGAAACAUCACAAACAGCAAAGGGCGGAAGAGGCGACCCAACUCCAAAGACCUGGCCAGCGUUUUGAAGACCGACGAUCCUCUGUUCCUGGACUUCCUUCAACACUGCCUCACGUGGGAUCCAACCAAGCGUAUGACACCAGACGAAGCGAUGCAACAUGAGUGGAUCCAGGAGGCUCGUCUCAACAAGCCCCGGCCCAAAACACUACCCAUGAUUUGGAAGCCCAGGGAAAGCGUGAGCAGUACAGAAAAUAACUAUGAGGCUACUUACCGCAAAGUAGUCACUAACAGGACAGCUGAGAAGAUUGGGUCCGAUAGCAACGACAAGCUGAAAAGAGACCUCUCCGCCAAGGCAGGGGGCAAGAUGGUGACCACCGAGCGACUGCAUCCCAUUGGAGCGUCUGCAGAGGUGGAGUUGUGUGAGGGCGUGGUCAAGGUCAACAGGGACACCAAUCAGGAGGCGAGUGGGAAGAGGUCCGUGCACAUCAUCAUCAAGCCUCAACUAGACGUGGGCUCUGACGGAGAUUAG